AGCGCAAACUCUGUCUGCUAAAACCCAAAAAGUAGAAGUUUAACCGCGGCCGGCCCAGUGGGCGUGGCCGGGGAGGGCUCCGGUUCCAGGAAGCGGCAGCAGUGCGCUCUGGCCGCGUCUGUCUCCGCCCUGCUCGGUGCUUCCUCAGGUGAGCCAGCGGCUGGACGCGCAGAGGAAUGUGGCUGCGCCUCAAACAUGGACUCCACGCUUCUGCCUGACGCGACGUUAGCCGAGGCUGGUCGAGGGUUCGAGCUCCUGCUAUGAGGAUUUCUGAGCGGAUCUGCGUUGUGUGACGGUCCGGGUAACUUCUGCUCUCCUGCGGCCAGGUGUGGCAGCUCCACCUGCGGGCUUUCCAGGGUUCUGCUGAGGGGGGGGGGGGGGGUUGUUUAAGCGCGCCUCAAGAUGCCGGCGGAUCAGAUCAGCGUGACGGAGUUUGUUGCGGAGACCAAUGAGGACUACAAGGCUCCGACCACCUCCAGCUUCACCACCCGGAUGUCCCACUGCAGGAACACAGUGGGGGCUCUGGAGGAGGCUUUGGACCUGGACAGGGCGGUUCUGUAUAAGAUCAAGAAGUCGGUGAAGGCCAUCCACAAUUCUGGUCUUUCUCACGUGGAGAACGAGGAGCAGUACGCCCAGUCCAUGGAGAAGUUCGGCGCCAGCCACAUGACCGAUGUGGACGGCGAGCUCGGUGCCGCCUUCCUCAAGUUCGCCGUGUUCACCAAAGAGCUGGGCGCGCUCUUCAAGAACCUGAUGCAGAACAUGAACAACAUCAUCACGUUUCCGUUGGACAGUCUGCUGAAAGGAGACCUGAAGGGAGUGAAAGGGGACCUGAAGAAGUCGUUUGAUAAAUCCUGGAAGGAUUAUGAGACCAAACUAACAAAGAUUGAGAAGGAGAAACGAGAACACGCCAAGCAGCACGGCAUGAUUCGAACAGAGUUCAGUGGAGGAGAAAUCGCAGAAGACAUGGAGAAAGAAAGACGAAUUUUCCAGCUUCAGAUGUGUGAGUACCUGCUAAAAGUGAACGAGAUCAAGCAGAAGAAAGGUGUGGACUUCCUCCAGAACCUCAUCAAGUACUUCCACGCUCAGUGCAAUUUUUUUCAGGAUGGGCUUAAAACUGUGGAGAAUCUGAAACCGUCCAUAGAGCAGAUGGCUACAACCCUGACGUCGAUCAAACAGACUCAGGAUGGAGAGAGGAAGCAGCUGAGCCAGCUCCGAGAUGUCCUAAAGACGUCGCUGCAGACGGACCAGAAGGAGGACCUUCAGGCGAAGCAGAACGCAGGUUACAACCUUCAUCAGCUCCAAGGAAACAAAGCUCACGGCACUGAACGCUGCGGAUUCCUUUACAAGAGAAGUGAGGGGUUGAGGAAGGUGUGGCAGAAGAGAAAAUGUUCGGUUAAGAAUGGCUUCCUAACCAUCUCCCAUGGCACGCCCAACAAACCUCCUGCCAAGCUCAACCUGCUCACCUGCCAGGUGAAGAGUAAUCCUGAGGAGAGGAAGAGCUUCGAUCUGUUUUCACAUGACAGAACCUACCACUUCCAGGCCGAGGAUGAGGCUGAGUGUCAAGUCUGGGUGUCGGUGCUGCAGAACAGCAAGGAGGAGGCUCUGAACAUGGCCUUUAAAGGAGAUCAGAGUGAAGGAGAGAACAACAUUGUGCAGGAGCUGACCAAAGCCAUCGUCUCGGAGGUGAAGAAGAUGAAAGGCAACGACAGCUGCUGUGAUUGCGGUGCCCCAAGUCCCACGUGGCUCUCCACCAACCUCGGGGUCCUGAUCUGUAUCGAGUGCUCAGGGAUCCACCGGGAGAUGGGGGUUCAUUACUCCAGGAUCCAAAGUCUGGAGCUGGAUGUUUUGGGGACAUCUGAGCUGCUGUUGGCAAAGAAUGUAGGAAAUGCCAUCUUCAAUGACAUCAUGGAGGCCGACCUGGAGGCGCAGGGUGUAGCAAAACCGGAUCCAAAAAGUGACAUGCAAGUGAGGAAGGACUACAUCACGGCCAAGUACACGGAGAAGCGCUUCGCCCAGCGUCUGUGUGCCGACGCAGAGUCCAGGCAGCAGGCUCUGUACGAGGCUGUCAUGGACAGGGACAUCCAGUCGCUUAUCCAGGUCUACGCUGAGGGGGCGGACCUGAUGGAGGCCGUCCCGCAGCCCAACGAACACGAACCCGGAGAGACGGUGCUCCAUCUGGCCGUCAGAAUGGUGGACAGAAACUCCCUCCACAUCGUCGACUUCCUGGCUCAGAACAGCGGUAACCUGGACAAGCAGACGGCCAGAGGAAGCACGGCGCUGCAUUACUGCUGCCUGACGGACAACAGCGAGUGUCUCAAGCUGCUGCUGAGGGGGAAAGCCUCAGUGUCCAUCAUAAACGAAGCAGGAGAAACUCCUCUGGACAUCGCUAAACGUCUGCACCACACUGAGUGUGCAGAGCUGCUGACCGAGGCUCAGACAGGAAAGUUUAAUGUCCACGUUCACGUGGAGUAUGAGUGGUGUCUCCGAAACGAGGGGAUGGACGAGAGCGAGGACGAGGUGGAGGACAAGCCCAUUCCCAAAGCAACCACGCCCCGACGUGAGGAGCGUCCGGUUAGCUGCGUCGUUCCCAGCAGCGUCCUCGCGCAGCCCGGAUAUUUCGCGGUGGCUCGCGACGCCGCCUUCAUGGCUCGGGACAAGCUGAGACCUACAAACCAAAGCAGCACGUUCAGCAACGAGACUUACCAGGGCCUCCUGCCGCCGCCGGGACCAACCCCCCCGCCUCCCCCCAGAGUUCCAACCCGAGGUGCCGGUAAACACGCUCCGGUUGAAUCCGUAGGAAGACAGCGUUCCUCCUCCGACCCCUCCAACCCUAAGAACCCUGAGAUGAGUUCCCCUGUGUACGUGCCCCCAGCCGUCCCGCCUCCUCCUCCUCCACCGCCUUCUUUUAGGAGAUCCGGUAGGUUUGAGAGGAAGAAUGUGUCGGCAAAGGACACCCCCCUACCUCCUCUACCUCCUCCACCAGCUGGACGUCCACCCGGCCCACCAGGAGGACCUCUACCAUCACCGCCCCACUACAAACCUCCACCGCCCACCCCACCGCUCUCCAGCCAGCAGACUAGUAGACCGCCAGCACCGUUUGAACCUCCGUCGUCCAAGUCAACGAGACAGCCUCCUCACAGACCUCCAGUUAGGACUGCAUCUAUGAACAAGCCGGGUUUUCAGAAUCCUGAAAGUCUGGCUCCUCCUGCACCGAAACCCAGAACCGCCGCCUCUAAGCUGAAGGUGAAGAGGGUGAAGGCCAUCUAUGACUGCCGUGCUGAUAAUCCAGACGAGCUGACGUUCAGGGAGGGCGAGGUGAUCGUGGUGGAGGGCGAGGAGGACAACGAUUGGUGGAUCGGACACAUUGAAGGAGAACCAGACAGAAAAGGAGCGUUUCCCAUCACCUUUGUUCACUUCAUCACUGAGUGACCUGUUCAGUUCUGCAGAGUUAACAUCCUCCACCAGCUGUCCGACCGGAUAUAACCAGGAAAAAAAGCUCAAACUGGAUCGUCAGGCUUAUGUCCAGUAUUAUCUGAAAAGUCGAAAGCUUUAAUAUAAUUUGCUGAAAGCUGCAGGGCAACUGUUUGCAUCUCUAAAUUAUGUUUUUGCCUUGUUUAAACUUUGAGAAGUUUAUUUUAAAUCGACUUGAGUCCUGGAAAUAUUUUCGAAGAUGUUUAAAAUGAAAGUCGUGGAGCUUUAGCAUAGAGCUAGACGACAGGAAUGCUGUGUCUACGUUUGUAAAUAAAGAUUUAGGUGCGUUAUAUGUCUGCUGAGCAACAUGCAGGAGCUGUAACUGCAGGUAAAUUAAGAGGAUCAAGGGUGUAGAAAAUAUAACUGUUAAUUCUCAUUAGAGCUAAAUGCAAACAAAAAGAUGGGUUCCCCUAGUUUGGGAAAAUUUUAUCAGCUCCAGAAAAAAAUCUGGGGUUAUUAAUGAGAUAUAAAAACUUAACCGCAGCAAUUAAAGUGCCAAAACAUUGUAAAUACACUGGUUAACGCAAAAUGGAACUGGGAUUCAUGUUUCAUGUGGAGGAUCCGAAUACCGGCCGGCACCUUUGAGCUGAACUGGAAAGCUUUGGGGAAGCGAUCGUACGGACCGAUGAAAGGGACUCUUUCUUCUUCUACUGGCGGGAUCGAAGCUGAUCCUGUGUGUCAAUGUUUCAGGUCAAAAAAGUGGAAAACGUUUAACAUAUUUUCAACAUUUCUCCACAUAGAAACUGUGGGUGAGAGCGGCCAUUUUGGGUCAGGAAGGGGAAAAUACGAAACGGCUGUUAGAUUUAGUUGUUUUCGCUCUUCAAUAAAGACACUUUGAUGUAA